UGUCAAAAGUUCAGAACGUCGUCUACUUUACUAUCAAGUCAUAAUUAAUUGGAUGUUUGGCUGCUGGUUCUAAUAAUUGUAUAUUGUAUUAAUAAAUACAAGUUCUUAAAAUGACUCUGUAUCAUUUUGGAAAUUGUCUAGCAUUGGUUUAUGCCCCAUAUCAUAUGGCAUACAAAUUCUCGGGAAUAUCUGAAUAUGCCACUUUCUCAAAAUGUGUACAUGCCGGAGGUCUUUACAUCUUUACUCAGCUCUGUAAGAUGCUGUUACUUGCUACAUUCUUUCCUGAUACUGACAGCAGCCACAUAACAGGAGAAUAUAAUGUGUUCUUGGAAAUUCUGAAGGCAACAGUGGACUUUGCAGAUUUGCUGGGAAUAUACUUUGCUCUUAACUCAGUGCCAGGCAAAGGUCAUGCCAAAAUACUCACAUCAGCUAUCGGAUGGGCAAGUGCAGAGGUGGUGGUGACGCGCAGUGUCCUGCUGUGGGUGGGCGCGCGCGGGUCGGAGUUCGACUGGCGCUACGUGCGCUCGUGCGCGGAGUCCAACGUGUCGCUGCUGCACACGGCGGCCACGGCGGCGCUCGUGUGGCUCUGGACGCGCAGUGACCUGCCCCGCAAGCACUCCCCUGUCGUCAUCACGCUCCUCGCACUGUCUCCAUACAGAGGACUCAUCGAGGAAGCUAUUGGCAGCAUCCUCUCUCUCAGCGCUUGGGCCUUGUUAGCCCUGAGAGCCAUCCAUGCUAGUGCAGUUGGCUUGACGGCUUUGGGAAUGUAUGCUGUUCUAGCUCAACAGAUUGGAAUUUGAUUUUCAAACAAUUUCUAACUUCUUAUGUAGAUGUGUUCAUAAGUUAUUCCUAUUUAAUUGUUAUUCCAAAAUGAUUGAUUGAAUAAAAUAAGUAUAAUAUAAAUGUAACUUAUAAAUGACUUUUAAUUUUAA